GCGCACACGCGAAUGCGCGGGCUUGCGCACGCGCCUCCACCCCCACCCCCCUUCCGCGCGCGCUUCAUUUGCGCGCGCGCGCACGCGCUCACAUCGCUCCAGCUCUCGGCUGGCUCGGCUCGCAGUCCCAGCCGCUUGAGCACACGCGUACACCCAGACAUCUUCGGGCUGCUAUUGGAUUGACUUUGAAGGCUCUGUGUGGGUCGCCGUGCUGCAGGUUGGACUCAAGUGGAGAAGCACUGCAAGGCUGGACGAAGUAAAGAUUACUAUUGUUGUUGUUUUUUCUCUCUCCCUUUCUCUCUCUUAAGAAAGGAAAAUAUCCCAAGGACUAAUUGGAUCGGGUCUUCCUUCAUGAUCGAAUGCAGGAAUUUGGGAGCUGAGUUGUGCAGGUGCUGAAGAAGGAGAUUUGUUUGGAGGAAACCGGAAAGAGAAAGAAAAGGAAGGAAAAAAUACAUAAUUUCAGGGACGAGAGAGAGAAGAAAAACGGGGACUAUGGGGAGAAAAAAGAUUCAGAUUACAAGGAUUAUGGAUGAACGUAACAGACAGGUGACAUUCACGAAGAGGAAAUUUGGGCUGAUGAAGAAGGCGUACGAGCUGAGCGUGCUGUGUGACUGCGAGAUCGCCCUGAUCAUCUUUAACAGCACCAACAAGCUGUUCCAGUACGCCAGCACCGACAUGGACAAGGUGCUGCUCAAGUACACGGAGUACAACGAGCCGCACGAGAGCCGCACCAACUCCGACAUCGUGGAGGCAUUGAACAGGAAAGAGAACAAAGGCCGUGAAAGCCCCGAUCCCGACUCCUCUUAUGCACUCACCCCACGCACUGAAGAAAAAUACAAAAAAAUUAAUGAAGAAUUUGAUAAUAUGAUCAAGAGUCAUAAAAUUCCUGCUGUUCCACCACCCAACUUUGAGAUGCCCGUCUCCAUCCCAGUGUCCAGUCACAACAGCCUGGUAUAUAGCAACCCCGUCAGCUCACUGGGAAACCCCAACCUUUUGCCACUGGCCCACCCUUCUCUGCAGAGGAACAGUAUGUCUCCUGGCGUAACACAUCGACCUCCGAGUGCAGGUAACACAGGUGGUCUGAUGGGUGGAGACCUCACAUCCGGUGCAGGCACCAGUGCAGGGAAUGGGUAUGGCAAUCCCCGAAACUCACCAGGUCUGCUGGUCUCACCUGGGAACUUGAACAAGAAUAUGCAAGCGAAAUCUCCCCCUCCUAUGAACUUGGGGAUGAACAACCGUAAACCUGAUCUCCGCGUUCUUAUCCCGCCAGGCAGCAAGAACACCAUGCCGUCCGUGUCUGAGGAUGUCGACCUGCUGUUGAAUCAGAGGAUAAAUAACUCCCAGUCUGCUCAGUCAUUGGCUACCCCAGUGGUUUCCGUAGCAACUCCUACUUUACCUGGACAAGGCAUGGGAGGGUAUCCAUCAGCCAUUUCAACAACGUAUGGUACUGAGUACUCGCUGAGCAGCGCAGACCUGUCCUCUCUCUCUGGGUUCAACACCGCCAGCGCUCUUCACCUUGGCUCGGUCACUGGCUGGCAACAGCAGCACCUCCAUAACAUGCCACCGUCUGCCCUCAGUCAGUUGGGACCUUGCACUAGCACUCAUUUAUCUCAGAGUUCCAAUCUCUCCCUGCCUUCUACUCAAAGCCUCAGCAUCAAGUCAGAACCUGUUUCUCCUCCUAGAGACCGUACCACCACCCCCUCGAGAUACGCACCCCACACGCGCCACGAGGCGGGCAGAUCUCCUGUUGACAGCUUGAGCAGCUGCAGCAGCUCGUACGAUGGCAGCGACCGCGAGGACCACCGCAGCGACUUCCACUCCCCGAUCGGACUCAGCAGGCCUUCGCCGGACGAACGGGAGAGCCCCUCAGUCAAGCGCAUGCGGCUCUCUGAAGGAUGGGCAACAUGAUCAGAUCAUUACUUACUAGUUUGUUUUUUUUCCUUGCAGUGUGUGUGUGCUAUACCUUAAUGGGGAUGGGGGGGUCGAUAUGCAUUAUAUGUGCCGUGUGUGGAAAAAAAAAAAAAAGGUACUCUGUUUUGUAAAAGUACUUUUAAAUUGCCUCAGUGAUACAGUAUAAAGAUUAAACAGAGAUGCUGAGAUCAGCUUAGCACUUGAGUUGUACAACAGGACACUUGUACAAAAUAGAUUUUAAGGCUAACUUCUUUUCACUGUUGUGCUCCUUUGCAAAAUGUAUGUUACAAUAGAUAGUGUCAUGUUGCAGGUUCAACGUUAUUUACAUGUAAAUAGAUGAAAGGAAACAUUUGCCAAAAGCGGCAGAUCUUUACUGAAAGAGAGAGCAGCUGUUAUGCAACAUAUAGAAAAAUGUAUAGAUGUUUUGGACAGACCCAGCCAUGGGUGGCCGUUGGGAAAUACACAUUAGGAACAGGCCAGGCCACCGAACAUCCCAAGAACGCUCACCAACCUGCAGGCGCACCAUGGGCGUAGGGCACGCAUUCGUAAACGAUCAAAGACCAUCAAAAGAGGGCCAUACCGAUUAAAAAUACACAUUUUUUUACAUAGUGGAGUCUGAGGGCUAACGUAUUUAAUUAACUAAAUAAAUAAAUCUGGGUCUGCCUCUCUUAAUAAAUAAAACUAUAAAAAUAUGUACAUUACAUUUUGCUUAUUUUCAUAUAAAAGGUAAGACAGAGUUUGCAAAGCAUUUGUGGCUUUUUGUAGUUUCCUUAAGCCAAAAUGUGUUGGUUUUUCCCCCCCUUCAUAGCUUCGCUAAUAUUUUAAACAGUCCUGGGAAAACCAAAAGGACUUUUGUACAGAACAGUACUGCCCCAAGCCAUGAAGAGCUCCCCGCUUUGCUCACCAAGAUAACCGUUUUCUCUUUGUAGCAGUUUUGUUUUUGAAAUGUGUAUUUCUAAUUAUAUAAAAUAUUAAGAAUCUUUUAAAAAAUCUGUGAAAUUAACAUGCUUGUGUAUAGCUUUCUAAUAUAUAUAAUAUUAUGGUAAUAGCAGAGGUUUUGUUAUCUUCAUAGCGGGUGGGGGUAUAUUUGUGCAGUUGCACAUUUGAGUCACUCUUCCUUCUGUUUUCUUUUACUCUGCAUACAUUUUAUAAGUUCAAGGUCAGCUGUUAAAAGGAUAACCUGUGGGACUAGAACAUAUCACAUUGCAACACCCUAAAAUUGUCUUUAAUACGUUAACAAACUACGGGGUCAUGUGACAUCCAUUGUAUCUACUGGUUGGUUUCUUUUGGUUUGUUUGGGGGGGGGGUUGCACUUUUUAUCAAAUGCAGGGCCCCUUUCUGAUAUCACCAUUUCACUAGGCAUCUUGGAAUUCAGUGAGUGCAUAUCACACCAUGCCCAUACCCGAAACCACCGGGUUGAUUUUCAGCCUAGAUUUUGAUAUGCUUCUUAGAGAUAUGCCCAGAAUAGAAAACGGCUGUCUGGCACGUGUCCUGCAAAUACAGCCCUUUAAACAAGUGAUAUGGAGUUGACUGGUGAAAAUUCCCACAGAAGGAACAUGUGAAAGACUGGGUGCUAGACGAGAGGGAAGCAGGUAAAGGGAGAGUUGCUUUGUUGCCAGUCAUUUUCACUGACCCUGGACAAUCUUGUCAACCAGAGAGGACUGUUGAGCAAUCCCGAUGUGCCAGGACCCCCCCCCCCCAAUGUCACUUCUGCAUAAAGCAUGUAUGUCAUCUAUUUUUUCUUCAAUAAAGAAAUUUAAUAGCCAUUUCAAAAAAUCCCAUUAAAGAACCUCUCUAUGUCCCUUUUUUAAAUUUUCAAGAAAAUAUCAUGACUCUUGUCUAAGAUCUCGCCGAUAGGAUUAACUUCCAGACCCUUUAAAAAGUGAGAGCCAUAAACAAAAUGAUACAUGUUUAGAGAGCAAAAAAAGCUCCGUCUAGGAAUAAUGUUCCUCCUCUUGGAAUGUGAAGAUCUGUCAAAUCAUCUCCAGUCACGUGCAUUGAAAUACACCUCAAGAAGAUACAGACAGUCAUACCAACACUGCCAGAUCCCUCUUAGGAUGUUUCGUAUCCUUUUUUUCUUUCACUUGCGUAUUUGCUAUGUGUUGCUCAUUGUGAAAGGCUGCCGCUGGGUGGCAGAAGCCAAUAGAUCUUAUUAACGAGGCUAUAUUUUUCUUAACUUGGUCUGAAAUCCACAAUUAGACCGCAAUGCACCUUUGGUUGUGUCCAUAUAGGAUGCUAGCCUGCCUUGUACUCACGUUUUAUAUACUUAAAAGGGGAAUAAAAAUGAUCAGCCAUUUCAUUUAUCCCACGACUCAAGGUAUCCCUGGAACAUGAAAGAAGAACAUUUAUGCAGAGGGAAAACAGAAGAUCGUCCCCGAAAAUACAGACACGCAGACACGCACACACUUCCUCACAUGCACACAGGGGGCAGGGGAACUAAGAAAGUCAUUUUCCUUCCCAUAAGUGAUCCCAUCUUUACAUCCCAUCCUUAUAACUUGAUGUAUAUAAAAUAUGCAAACAUGUCACCAACGUUAUAUGUCAUUUCGAGACACUUUAGUUUAUCAGUAUCAGAAAUUUACCAGUAGGUGGGGUGGGAUCAUUAGAUGAAAAUAUGAAGAAAUAGCCAUAUGAAUUUUUUUACCUGCAAUUUGCCUCAGUACCAAGGAAAAAGUAAAUUUGUGAAGCUGAAGAUAAAGUAAACUAACAUGCCGGCAGAAGCCUUGGCUGUUAAUAGCCGUUCUGACAGUCGUUUUCUAAGUGCAGAAGCACCUGGAAAUAGAUGCCAGUCAUCUUGCGUCCCCACUGAGAGUGGUGGCCAGACCGGGACCGCGAAGGGAUAAUCUGAGAAUUUUUUUUAAAAGAUUGAAUGAUUUAUGGAGCAGAAGCACAAUUCUGAUUGUGAUGAGUCACUUUCUGUAAACAAGCUAUCUUUUCUUUUUAACCCUGAUUCCUUAUCUGUAAUGGACCAUUUAUUGUGUUUGCAAAGCUAGUUUGGUUUUCAGGAGUCUUACACAGUAAAAACCCUUUGUAGUCAGGAGACUCGGGCAAGCCCCGAGGAAGGGUUCCCUGGCAAACCCCACGUAGAGUCACAUUUUCGGCAGCAUUCUUCACCGGGCGUGGAAGCCGUCAGGGGCAUUCUAUGUAAAGACCAGUGUUUUCUCCUCUGGUCCUGUGUUUAAAGCUUGGGGGUAACCCUGCGAGCUUACAGACUGAUACAAGUGUGCUCUGUAUACACCAGCUGCACAACCUGUAUAUUGUAUGCAUCGGUGCGUGGAGGCUGCAUAGCAACCUUUUUAAAAAUUGUGUUUUUUAGUAUGAAAAGAAAUGGCUUAUUUUUUUCCAGAGGUGGGAUUUAACAUUUUGUAAUAAUGAAUAUGAAAAUACGUGUCAUGCUCAGAUCAUCGCAAGGUGGACUAAAACAUGAGGGGGGGGAAAUGUGAGAAUUUUUUAAAAAGAAAAUUCCAAUGCAGUUUUUUUUAGUGUGUCCUCUUACACUUUCAUGCGCCUCUUUUUCUUCAAUAUCUAGCUUUCGACUUACAGAUCGCGUCUUUUGUUGUUGCACCUUUUACCCUUCUGUUCGUUUUUCCAGAGAGUAAAUGCUAUGUAUUUCUUUCCUGUAAUUUUUUUUUUAAGAAGCAGCGGCCACUUGAACCCUCAAUCGAGGCUGUUGCCUCCGUGUGGCAUACUUCCUCUGCCCUCAUGUGUGCCAUCUGCUGUAAUGUCGUCACUUGCGUGGCGUUAAUUUCCUGCCACUACAGAUCUUUGGAAGAGUGAUGGGAUACUGGGGUCUGUGGGAAUGCUUCAGACUACAGAUGUCAUUAAAGCCUUUUUUUACUACGUUUUAACCAAAGAUGUGGAGCAAUCCAAGCCACAUAUCUUCUCCAUUCAAUUUGCCCAUUCGGGGUACUGUCCUAAUUGAGUACUGCAGUUUGCCUUCCCUGUUCAUACCUCAACUUGAUUCAUACCUCAGUGGAGUUCAGACAGGUCAGCUACGCGAUGCAGUCUGCUGUGGCGUGAGCGCAGGGCCAGGACCGGGGUCGGGGGGGUUGUGGAGCUGGGUCCCUGGAGGCAUAGGACUUGGAUUGCUUCAGAUGGUUUGCUGUAUCUUUCUUUUUUUUUUUUUUCUUCUUCUUUUUCUGGGGACUUGUUUCCAUUAAAUGACAGUAAUUAAAAUAGCUUGUAAAUGAGGGCAUACAAGCGUUUGCAACAAAUAUUCAAAUAGAGGCUCACAGCGGCAUAAGCUGGACUUUGUCGCCACUAGAUGACAAGAUGUUAUAACUAAGGUAAACCACAGCUGUGUAUCUCCAGGGACUUCAUUCAGCUGUCUGUAGUGAAUCAAAGUGGGAAAUUUUCCAAAGGUUCUCCUGCUGGAAAUAAGGUCUAAUUUGUAUUUUGCAGACAAUUCAGUAAAGUUACUGGCUUUCUUAGUGA